UAUUCUGUUUAUUUAGUUGAUAAUUUAUUUUAUAUAUGUAACUAAUAAAAUGUCCUGCAUGUGUACUUCUGACCUCUGUUUAUUUAGUGGAUAAUUUAUAUUAUAUAUGUAACUGAAUGGAUGUUUUCCUGUGUAUUUCUGUGUUUCUGGUUGUGUGUCUGGUCUCAGUGGUGCAGCAGGGCGUCUGGGCGCUGCUCCUCUGGCCCUCCCUCUUCUCCUCCUGCCUCCCUCUGGACUGUAAGGAGGAGCAGGGCAGCCUGAGCCGCUGCCCCUCCAUCUCCCAGGAGAAACUCCUGGACCGAAUCAUCCAGCACGCCGAGCUCAUCUACCGCGUCUCCGAGGAGUCCUGCUCCCUCUUCGAGCAGAUGUUCAUCCCGUUCCCUCUGCAGUUCCAGAGGAACCAGGUGGGCUACGCCUGCAUCACUAAAGCUCUCCCCAUCCCCAGCUCCAAGAGUGAGAUCCAGCAGAUAUCUGACAAAUGGCUGCUGCACUCGGUCCUGAUGCUGGUCCAGUCCUGGAUCGAGCCUCUGGUCUACCUGCAGACCUCUCUGGACCGCUACGACGCAGCUCCUGACAUGCUGCUCAACAAGACCAAGUGGGUCUCUGAGAAACUGAUCAGUCUGGAGCAGGGGGUGGUGGUCCUCAUCAAGAAGAUGCUGGACGAGGGCAUGCUGACGUCCAACCACAGCGACCAGGGCCUGUUCCAGUACGACGUGCAGCCGGAGAUGCUGGAGUCUGUGAUGAGAGACUACACUUUACUCAGCUGCUUCAAGAAGGACGCCCACAAGAUGGAGACUUUCCUCAAACUCCUCAAGUGUCGACAAACUGACAAAUACAACUGCGUAUAAAUAAAAGUGCAGUUUCUAAAUAAUACAGCUUUAAAUG